AUGGCGUGCAGCCUCAAGGACGAGCUGCUCUGCUCCAUCUGCCUGAGCAUCUACCAGGACCCCGUGAGCCUGGGCUGCGAGCACUACUUCUGCCGCCGCUGCAUCACCGAGCACUGGGUGCGGCAGGAGGCGCAGGGCGCCCGCGACUGCCCCGAGUGCCGCCGCACCUUCGCCGAGCCCGCGCUGGCGCCCAGCCUCAAGCUGGCCAACAUCGUGGAGCGCUACAGCGCCUUCCCGCUGGACGCCAUCCUCAGCGCGCGCCGCGCCGCGCGGCCCUGCCAGGCGCACGACAAGGUCAAGCUCUUCUGCCUCACGGACCGCACGCUGCUCUGCUUCUUCUGCGACGAGCCCGCGCUGCACGAGCAGCACCAGGUCACCGGCAUCGACGACGCCUUCGAGGAGCUGCAGAGGGAGCUGAAGGAGCAGCUUCAGGCCCUUCAGGCUAGUGAACGUGAGCACACGGAGGCACUGCAGCUGCUCAAGAGACAGCUGGCCGAGACCAAGUCCUCCACCAAAAGCCUGCGGACCACCAUUGGUGAGGCCUUCGAGCGGCUGCACCGGCUGCUGCGGGAGCGGCAGAAGGCCAUGCUGGAGGAGCUGGAGGCAGACACCGCUCGCACACUGACCGACAUUGAGCAGAAGGUGCAGCGCUACAGUCAGCAGCUGCGGAAGGUGCAGGAGGGCGCCCAGAUCCUGCAGGAACGGCUGGCUGAGACCGACCGACACUCCUUUCUGGCUGGGGUGGCCUCGCUUUCUGAGCGGCUGAAGGGGAAAGUCCAUGAGACCAACCUGACCUACGAAGACUUUCCCACGUCCAAGUAUACAGGGCCCCUACAGUACACCAUCUGGAAGUCUCUGUUCCAGGACAUCCACCCAGUACCUGCUGCCCUGACCCUGGACCCGGGCACUGCCCACCAGCGUCUGAUCCUAUCUGAUGACUGCACCAUCGUGGCCUACGGGAACCUGCACCCACAGCCACUGCAGGACUCUCCGAAGCGUUUUGACGUGGAGGUCUCGGUGCUGGGCUCCGAGGCCUUUAGCAGUGGUGUCCACUACUGGGAGGUUGUGGUGGCAGAGAAAACCCAGUGGGUGAUCGGGCUGGCCCACGAGGCAGCCAGCCGCAAAGGCAGCAUCCAGAUCCAGCCCAGCCGUGGCUUCUACUGCAUCGUCAUGCAUGACGGCAACCAGUACAGUGCCUGCACUGAGCCCUGGACGCGGCUCAAUGUCCGAGACAAGCUGGACAAGGUGGGCGUCUUUCUGGACUAUGACCAGGGGCUGCUCAUCUUCUACAAUGCUGAUGACAUGUCCUGGCUCUAUACCUUCCGUGAGAAGUUCCCGGGCAAGCUCUGUUCCUACUUCAGCCCUGGGCAGAGCCAUGCCAAUGGCAAGAAUGUGCAGCCCUUACGGAUCAACACUGUCCGCAUCUAGAGGCCUCAGAACCAAACUGGCUCUGGGCCCCUGCUCAGCCUCCCCGAGGCAACAGGCCAGUUGGUUCCCCUGCAGGCUCCAUGUCCCUGUCUGUGAAACA